AUGAGAGUGAUAUCCGACGCACAGAUCAAUAAGCUUCUCCUUCCUCUUAAGGCGAGAGGUGUGGAGGACUUUCAAAGGGUCCUGUACACAGCACUGGCCAAGUACCAUGGUGAUCAUACGUUGAUUCCCGAGAGAAUUGUUGUCAACAGGCCGGAAUUAGACGCUGUGCACUUCUUCAUGCCAACGUUCUCGGAUCGUGUUGGUAUUAAGACACUUGGUGGGUCUAAGAAGGGAUUCGAAGGUGCAGUGAUGAUCAUGGACGAGAACACUGGAAUCCUGAAAGGCGUGUUGAGUGCCAGGGCCAUUACAGGGUUCAGAACUGCGCUGUGCUCUACAAUUCCAUUGAUGAAGUUCAUCGACAGAGAUGCUAGAGACCAGGUCAUGACUGUGUUCGGUAAUGGAUUACAAGCGUAUUGGCAUGUUAAGCUGACGUUGGAACUGUUUCCAUCGUACUUCAAAAAGGUUCAAAUAGCAGUGAGAAGUGUUAAUGACAAGUCCAAGGAAUUGCUAGACAGAUUACAGAAUGAAUAUCCACAGGUGGAGUUUCCACUGGAUGAUGAAAAGGAGGUUGAUCUUUCAACCUCCAAUGUCAUCUAUGGUUGUGUGCCAUCCACUGAACCGCGUAUCCUUUUCGACAAACUAGGUAUUGACAACCACAAGGUAUUCAUCUCCAUCAUUGGAAGCUACAAGCCUCACAUGUUUGAAGUUGACGACAAGAUUGUCCAAACUGCAAUGUCAAACGGUAAGAUAAUCGUGGAUUCGUAUGAUCAUACGCUUCAUGAAGCUGGUGAAUUGAUCAAGAACAACGUCACUCCUCAGAACUGUGUUGAGAUUGGAGAAUUGGAGAACCUCACCCCAGCAGACAUCAAUGGUGGCUCAAACUUGACUCUUUCAAAGAUUGUCGGGCUCGCCAUUAUGGAUAUCUCUGUAGGAAAUGAGAUCUUGGAAAGGGCAGAGAAGUUAGACAUUGGAACUGUGGUUGAGUUCUAAUCACUGAU